CGUCAUUUUCGUUUCAGGAAUACAUCACGGGUAUACUAGUAACACUAUGCAGCACCUUUCAUGUGCGCUAGCAUCGCAUGAACAGUAGCGUGUGUCAGCUCGAAGGUUCGGGGACGCUGCUUUUGCAGAAAGCAAGCCGAGCAUGACGCCAUGAGCUGAGCGCCGAGACGUUUGAGAUCAAAGGCACCGCAGUUGAGAUCAAAGGCACCGAACGCCGCGGUUACAUCUGUUGCCAUGCAGCAGUCAGAGAGCGGCGGAGGGGCGGCGACUUCUGAAGUCCAGCUCAACGACCAGCCCAACGCGCUCAUCGCGUGUAAAGUGGCCGAAGAGGUUUUUAAUGAGCAGCAGUUAAAGGAGCAGUUUGAGGCUUUGUUCCGUGCGUUUGAUCCAGGCACGUCAUUUCAGUUCUUCAAAAGCUUCAGACGGGUUCGCAUCAACUUCACCGAUGCGUUGGCGGCAGCCGAGGCCCGAGUCAAGCUUCAUAAGAGCGACUUCAAUGGAAAGGAGAUGCGUUUGUAUUUUGCUCAGUCAGUACAUAUCGGCAGUCCUCGUCUUGAGCCUCCAAAACCGGAGAAGCAGUUCCUCAUCUCUCCUCCAGCGUCGCCCCCUGUAGGCUGGGCACAGUCGCAGGAUGCUACGCCCGUCAUCAACUACGACCUGCUGUGUGCCGUAUCUAAACUAGGACCAGGAGAGCAGUACGAGCUCCACAGUGGAACCACCAACACGCCCAGUGUGAUCGUACACGUGUGCGAGGACGACAGCUCCGAAGGCGAGGACGAGACAGCAGAGGGCGGCAAGCGCGCGCGUCCCAAGAUCAUCCAGACCCGUCGCCCGGACUACGUCCCGUCCGUCAACCAGUGAGCGGGUAAUUCUGGGCCGUUUCAUCUUCGCGACCAACACUGGAAUAACUAGGAAGCAUGCGGUCAUGCAGUUCGUCAUCCUCGCCACCGGGGAGGCCGGCGAGCCUCAAAUCCUCUUCCUAGUUAGCGAGGGGAGUCGACCAUCCUCAUAAUCUCGCGUUUCAUUUCUUAACAUCCAUCUCUGAUGGAGUCAGGGACUUUGAGGACUUGGGAGAGUUUCUCUCAUCUUACGAAUGUCAUUAUUUGCUUGACGUCACAACUGUGUAUUUUAAUAAUCCGAGAGAAGAGCGACGGAAAAUAUCUGAGGGAGUUUUGGUGUAGCACAAACGAACCGAACGUUCUGUCUGAAGUGUGUAUCGUUUGAGGCCACUAACAUGUACUCAUCGUCAUUAUCAUGUAUCGUCUCUACGUUUAGUCAGUUAAGCACUCGUACAGUCUUUGAAAAGUCAUUAUUGUUGCUGAAGUUCUUCACGAGCUCCUCCAAGUAUUAUGCACUUUAAAAAUAGAGCCUUAUAAUGUGGUAAACUGACAACAACAUGAAGUACUUGUCUUUGUAUAUCGAGCGCAACUGUGACCGCCGACUUUUUCUGCCUUGGUAACGCAAGUAUUUGUCCUGUUCAUUUUCUCCAUCAAUCACAACAUUAGAUUUGUUGCAGGAAAAGUAUUUCAAAAUUGGAUAAAAAAGACAUUUGUACUAAACCGUGUACUUAAAUUGUUACACAUAUUGUUACAUUAAUAUAAAAUAAAAUGCUGAUUAUAAAUAAUUGGCUAUAUGUAUAAACAAAACAAAAGUAUUGACAUUUUUUGUAAAAUGUGCUCAAAACAAAAAUACUUGUAAAAUUAUUUACAGUGAAAUUAUUUAUAGUUGGCUGAUUAAAACAAAAAAACUAAAUUAAAUUAAUUAAAAAUUAAAUAAAACAAUAUUGACUAUAUAAAUUGCAAAAACAAUUACAAAGAAACAGCACAUAACUGAAUUAAAUGUGAAUUUUUAGUAGAAAAACUAACAUAAAAUAGACCUUUUUCCACUGUCAUUUUGGAAUGUUUUUCUUAUAAUGAGUAAUAUGUACUCAAUUGUUGUUUUAUUUACAUCUUUGAAAAAUUUUACAGUUAUAUAAUUGGCUGUAUGUAUAAAAUAAAAUACAAAUAUUGACUAUAAUAAUUGGCUGCAUGUAUCAAUAAAAUAAAAAAUAACACUAUUGACUGAUACAUUUUUUUUGCAUAUUUGGAAAUUUCACAGUUUCAAAGAAAUUACAAGUAACAUUAAAUUAAAAGUGAAAUUUUGCAUUGGAAAAAUCUAAAAUAAAAGUCAUUAUUGGAGUGAAUGGUCACUUUUAACCUGUUUUAUUAUGAUUCCCAUUUCCAUAUUAACAGCGACUUUUCUGAUUGGUGAAUCUUUGUGCAUCCAGUGCAGAAAUCAGCAAUUAAACUAAAUUAUUUAAAAAAUAAAAACAAAUCCACAGAAGCACAUAUGUUCUCUUAACAACCUUAAUCUAUCGAUAUGGAGAAAAUGAAUGUGAUUUCUCUGUCAGACGUCCACUGUUGCGCUCUGUGACUUGUUAAAUGAACCGCUCUGUUGUGCUCUACUGUCUUUGGAGAUGUUGUCCUUUUUUCCAUUACUGUAGGAGACGUUCUACCGUCAACCAGUGAUUUUGAGCAACUAUAACAUACUGUGUAUAUUUGAUGUAUUUGAAUGUAGCCAAUAUCUUGACAAAGCUUGAGGAUUUCUAUCAACAACAACAAUCUUAUUCAUUAGGUAGUAAGAAUGUGGAGUGAGGAAGCAUUAACCUACCUUUAAUAAAACUAUCUUGACCAAAGAA